AAAGAUUGAGUCAGCCACUGAAAUGAAAGCGAAAGUGGUUUAGGAUUCAUGAGACGCAGCAAAGGCUGAACCAAACACAAAAGAUCAAAAUGGCAACUGGAAUCCCAUGGCUACUCUCAUGGGCAGGAAAGAAUUCUCCGUCUGCAAAAAUAGGAGAAGAUCGUAAAACCUAUAAGUAUUUGGUUUAUAGAACUAGAAAGACACUGAAUGCCCACAAGGAUAUCCUCGAUCAUCUUCAUAAACAAAUACGACUGCAGGAGGUGUCUACAGAGGAUGAGUGUGACUUCAUUCUGGUUUUCUGCCCUGUUGUGUCACAAGCUGGAACUGAAAUUGAAGCAGCAGUGAAAAUGCUGCACAAUAAUUCAAAUAUCAAACCUGCUGUCCUGGUGGUGAUCCAUUACACGUUUGAUCCAGAGUGUGUUGUACCAGACAGCAGCAGAGCUGUAAACAGAAAGAAUACGAUUGUAGCUGACUGUCUGUUCUAUGAAGAUAUUGGAUUACUGCAGUGUCCCAAGAAUCGUGAAUCACUGUCCAAAAUCAUAACUGCUAUUAAAUCUCAGGUGAAAGGACGAUGUACAAAACUGAACAAGCAAGAAGAAGGUGUAACAUCAGCUACAGAACUGAGAAACAGAGAUAAAACCAACAAGGAAAAAGACAGACUUCCUGAAGAAACAAGAGAAAGAGAAAGAACUCAACACAACAGAGAUCAACAGCCGAACCUGAAAUACGAACACUUACAGGAGGCACAAACAAAACUGGAGAAACUGGAGAAAAUGUGUGAGGCGUGGCAGAACAAAAUAUCUAAGGGAAAGGAAGAGCUGGAAGAUUUAAAAAAAUGUGUCGAGAAUAAUGAGAAGAUUCUUUCUGAGAAAGAUACAGAGUUAGUGAAAAAAAAUGAAAACCUUCAAAAUGCCACUCAUGAGAUAGAGAGGAAAAACUCACAACUGAAAACACUGGGACAAGAGCUGCAGAACAAGGAGAAUGAAGUACAGAAUAUGAAGACUGCACUGAAACUAGAGAAAAAUGAGUUAGAAGGAAAAAAGCAACAGAUUCAGGACAAAGAUAAAAUUCUGCAUGAAAAUACACAAGCACUGGAAGAGAAGGACACACAGCUCAAACAGAUAAAAACUGAAUUGGAGGAAAUGAGAAAGAAAUUAAAAGAGAAUCAGAGACACAUGGAGGAGAAAAACACAAAACUAGAAGAGAAGGACACACAGCUCAGACAGGUAAAAAUUGAAUUGGAGGAAACAAGUAAGAAGUUAGAAGAGAGUCAGCAGCACGUGGAGGAGAAAAACACACAGCUGGAGAAUAUGAACAAACUGCUGAGUGAGAAAGAAACCCAGCUGAAGAAGACAGAUAAAGAGUUGGAAACCAGUAAAAAUAAACUGGAGACACUGGGAGAGGAGCUGCAGGACAAGAAGAGACAACUACAGGAGCAGAUGAUCAUAGUGGAGCAACAGAAAACUGAGUUAACAGAAAAAACCAAACAGCUUGAAGAGAAAGAGAGACUUCUAACUGAGAGAGAGACACAGCUAAUGGAAAGAGACAAAUGGCUUCAGGAGAAAGACAAGACACUGGAAGAGAAGGACACACUGCUCAGGGAGGUUAAAGAAGAAUUGGGAAAAGCAAAUAGGAUGUCAGAAGGAAAUCAGACACAGAUGAAAGACAGAGACAAAAAACUGGAGAACAUGGGGAAAGAGCCAGAAACCAGUAAACAAAACCUGAUGGAAAAAGAGAAGCAGAUUCAGGAGAAAGACAGACCUCUGGCUGAGACACUGGAACAGAAGGGCGCUCAGUGCAAACAGGAGGAAGAAGAAGAAGAAGAAGAAGAAGCAACCAUAGGUGAGUGUGAAAGAUUAACUCAAUCAAUCAGUCAAUAUAUUUGUCUGUCUAUCAACGUGAGUCAUAUAAAUUUAUAUUUAUAGGGCCUGGAGAAUUACCUGGGACAAAAUGUCAUCUCAAAUUAGAGAAUAAAUCACCUGAAAAUAAAAACUAAGAGAUUAAAAUUCAAACAGAGAAUCAAAAUACAAAAGUGAACAAUGAGAAUCUCACCCAAGAGGAAGCCACUGUAUCCAAAGACAGAAAUAUAGAAUUCGAGAAAACAGCUGAAGAGCCACAGGAGAGAGAAAAUGCUGUACAACUGCAUCAGCAACAGGAACCGAAUGAUACACAGAUACAAGUGGAGGGUGUGGAGAAAAAUGUGGAGAAGCAUAAAGAAUUAAAUGAGAAAAAUGAGCAUCAGAAGGUUCAAGACACACAGCCGAAAGAGAAAGAAACAGUUCGAAAUGAACAAGUAGAGACGAAUAAAAAGAGUCGUUCUGAGGCAGGUGCAGUGUUAAUGGGAAAUAAAGAAAUUAAUGUUACUGAAAAACAACAAGCACUUGAAGAGCCUGAAGUGAAAGAGGCUAAUUUGGCUGAGACUCAGACAGAACAAGAGGAAAGUGACACACAGCUUAACAAGAAAGACAGACCUCAGGUGGUCAAUACACAAAAACUUCACAUGAAGAAUGAAGCAGAUGAAAAGCAGGACCCGCUGCCGAGUGAGGGAGAAGAUGACCCUCUUGAUGCAGAAACGCCCUCUGGUGAGAUCGCCACCGAACUCAAAAGGGAUGAAUCUUAUUUCGAUUAAUCUAACAACAAAGCAAAAUAACACAUAACUAUAAAAUGUGUACCACCUUCAAAAGCACUAAUACUGCUACAAACACACCUAAUAUCAUACACCUGUCUUAUAGUAGAAAACAAUCAAUGAAAAACCCUCUGUUGUGUGCAGGGGCGCCGCUAGAAAUCUUGGGCCCUAUGAAAGAUUACAAUUUAGGGCCCCCCCAGUAAAAUUUUCAAGCUCAAGCAACUGAAUUUGUAGUCUGUUUUUGGCUGGCACUUCUACUUUACUAUGCAUGUGAUCAGCUACCUAGCAAGUUUAGGUGAUACAAUUAUUUGGUAUAUAAACAUUUUAAAUGCAGAACUGUCAGAAUUAGACUGAAUAGACUGUUGCCUUAAAAUGAAAAUUCCAUUUUAUAUAUAUAUAUAUGGCGGCACGGUGGUGUAGUGGUUAGCGCUGUCGCCUCACAGCAAGAAGGUCCUGGGUUCGAGCCCCGGGGCCGGCGAGGGCCUUUCUGUGUGGAGUUUGCAUGUUCUCCCCAUGUCCGCGUGGGUUUCCUCCGGGUGCUCCGGUUUCCCCCACAGUCCAAAGACAUGCAGGUUAGGUUAACU